AUGUCUGUCCAUUCGUUGCUCUUCGCGUCCACCUCGCUACACUCCUCCAGCGACUCAUUCUACUGUAUGUCGGCGCCAUCUCCGAAACUGCCGCUCAGGCAACCUUCGAGUUCGAAUGACGACACGAAAGCCCGGGGCGCAAAUCGCUCAACAAAAGUUGCGGGCAAACUCAAGGUCUUGCCCGAGCACCCAGAACCCGCACCUGUACCUACGGCCAAGCGCGAACUAUUAGCGCCCGCCAAGGACAAAGGCGCUGCCAGUACAGAGGGCAGCGCAUCCACAGACGAGGAGGAGGAGACGGAAGAUGCCGACGCUGAGGACGUCAAAUCGUAUGCUCAAAUAGCGCGCAUUCCGGCUGGGACAGCCCGCAGAGAUGCACUCCGGCUUACGAAGAAGAAAGCGAAGAGUCUACCGCGAGUGACCGCGUAUUGCACGGCCAGUGAAUACCGUUUUGACGACUUGAUGAAGUUCUUCAAAGCUCGUCAGAGUGCCUACGGAACCGACCCACGCAUCAUCGACGAGGUCAUCUACACGCCUUACCGUUACGAGCCGGUCUCCGAACCCGAGAAUCCACGAACAUCGAAGGUCAAAUGGGCGCAUACGUCGGAGAGUCAUGAGCGGAAUUGCCACGGCGAGGGCGAAGAAGCCGAUUUGCUGGGUGUACCGGAGUUAGUCGCGGGAAACGCGGGAAAGAAGAGGAGCAAGUUCGAUACGCAGAGCGAAGACGGGCUUGCGGAGAUAUUCUUGUUCAAAUAUGGGACGGUUGUCAUUUGGGGCAUGUCGGAAGCGCAGGAGAAGAGAUUCUUGUCGUCUUUGAAGCGCUUUGAGGUUGACAAAUUAGGACCCUCGGAUGUCGAGAUGGAGGAUCUGAACUUCUACUACGCGAACUAUAGUCGGAUAUAUAACGACGUCAUCACUCUACGAAAAGGUUCAAGUUACAUGACCAAACUCUCGCUAUCUCAUGCAUUGGCACAAUCCGUCAAGAUAUCUCUGUUCGAAGAACACAUCUCAACCACAAUUGAAGAGACAAAAGACUAUCCAGAGAUCAUUAGCGAGACGGGCAAGAUUAACCUCUCACAUAAAGAGAUCAUGAUGAAAAUGGGCGAGGUUUUUCUUCUGCGGGGCAAUAUCGCGGCCGUUGGCUCAGUGCUCGAUUCCCCAGAGGUAUUUUGGACAUAUCCAGACUUGCAACCUCUAUACGACGCUGCGAGGAGCUACCUCGAGAUCCCACAACGUAUCCAGCUACUCGACACACGGGUGGAGGUUCUGCAGGAUAUGUUGUCGCUGCUCAAGGAGAGCGUCGGCAGUCGGCACUCUGAGCUCCUAGAAAAGAUUGUCAUCUGGCUCAUCGUGGUCGAGAUUUGCCUCGGCAUCAUCACGAUUCUUGUCGAUCUAUUACUUUAG